AUGACACCACCGCCUAAUUCAAUCAGCUCACGUAACGUGGCCGUGAUCGGAGCCGGAGCCGCCGGGCUUGUUGCGGCUCGAGAGCUUCGUCGUGAAGGUCACACCGUCACCAUCUUUGAGCGUCAGAAACAAGUAGGAGGACUUUGGGUUUGCACUCCAAACGUUGAGCCAGACUUACUAAGCAUCGACCCUGAUCGAACCGUCGUCCACUCGAGCGUCUACCAAUCCCUCCGCACCAAUCUUCCACGAGAGUGUAUGGGUUACAGUGACUUCCCGUUCGUGACCCGUCCCGAUGAUGAGUCCAGGGACCCGAGACGGUACCCGGAUCACAGAGAAGUCAUGAGGUAUCUUCAAGACUUCGCCAAAGAGUUCAAGAUCGAAGAGAUGAUCCGAUUCGAGACGGAGGUUUUUCGUGUGGAGCCGACGGCGGAGAAUAGUUGUAAAUGGAGAGUUCAAUUUAGGAGCUCAAGUGGUGUCUCCGGCGAAGAUAUAUUCGACGCAGUCGUCAUUUGCAAUGGUCACUUCACUGAGCCUCGUCUUGCUCAUAUUCCUGGAAUAGAGUCAUGGCCAGGAAAGCAAAUCCAUAGCCACAAUUAUCGUGUUUCAGAUCCAUUCAAAGGUCAAGUGGUGAUAGUGAUAGGAUAUCAAUCCAGUGGAAGUGAUAUUAGUAGGGACAUAGCAAUCCUAGCAAAAGAAGUCCAUAUUGCAGCUAAAUCUGAUGCAUACGCAAAGGAAAGUUCGAUUUAUAGCAAUCUACAUUUUCAUCCGACGAUUGACCGAGUGUAUGAGGAUGGUUCGGUUGUUUUCCAAGACGGGAAACUGAUAUUUGCGGAUGCCAUAGUACAUUGCACCGGCUACAAGUAUUGCUUCCCAUUUCUUGAAACAAAGGGUUAUGUGAACGUCGAAGAUAACCGUGUUGGACCAUUAUACAAGCAUGUGUUUCCACCGGCGCUUGCUCCUGGCCUCUCCUUUAUCGGUUUACCUUCCAUGGCAUUGCAAUUCUUUAUGUUUGAAAUCCAAAGCAGGUGGGUCGCUUCAGUUUUAUCGGGUCGGGUUAAACUUCCCUCGGAGGAGCAAAUGAUGGAAGAUGUUAUAGCUUUCUAUGCAAAGCUUAAAUCUUUGGGUAUUCCCAAGAGAUUUACUCAUUUUCUAACUGAUCCGCAAUGGACUCCAAUGUUCGAAAAGCUUAAGCCACAUGAAGCAGUUUUGAUCUCACAAAGUGAGUAUUUCAACUGGAUUGCGGAACAAUGUGGUUGCUCGUCCAUCGAACGUUGGAGAGAGGAACAGUAUAACAUAGCCAUCAAAAAAGAUGAUGACAAUUUUCGUGAUGAAUGGGAUGAUGAUGAUCAAAUUAUACAAGAAGCGUACCGAGAUUUUGCUAAAUUCAAACCGAGCAAAGUUUGGUCUACAUAAACCAAUCUUUCCAAAGAAAGUGCACUUCGAAGAUCCAAGAGUUGAUAUUCCCAUGUUGAAAUGAAUAAAGGUUGAAAAAACUUUUUUG